UCCCAGCUGAAACCACUCUGUCAAGCGAUAAUUCGUGAAAUUAUUUACGAAGUUAUAAUGACAAUAUUGACGCUCCCCCAAUGGUUGACAAACAAAGUGAGUGUUUCUGUUGAUACUUCAUUGAGAUGAAGCUGUGAAGACCUAGCGAGUGCCGGUCCAGAUGUGCUAAAGACGAACGUCACUAUUGAUUUUGACAGCUGAAGCAUAAAAUAUUAAAAAUUAAUUAAGAAUGAGGGGAAUACUGAUCUUCGAUCAUCUUAAUGACGUUCUGUUCACGAAAUGCAACCGGAAAUUCUCGAAACACGUUCACAAUCUGGGCAAAAUUCAGGGAUUAAUCCCAGACGACGAGGACGAGGAGUCGUGGAAACUCAGUGCAAAUGUGAUAAUGCAACUGUUUUCGCCGGUUGUCACAUCACAGCAGGUGAUGGCCUCGCAAUUUGGAAAUUCUUACACCUCGAUGCAGUGCCAGGAUGGGACGAAUAUGGUCUUCGAUGAUGCUAUGGGCUACACCUUCAUUUAUGUAUCCACUGACGAUGUGGAGUUUAUGAAGAGAACACUGGGGAUUUGUGUUAUGAUAGUCAGCCACGUCUGUGGACCUGAUGUUGCUGCAUUGAAAUCAAGCAGACAAAAAGCGAGCCUCGUGUCCUCCCUGCUGGACGCCUGGAGGGCCCUCCGCCAGACCGAGCAGAGUAUCCUAACGGAAUCUGUCGAGCAGCUGUCUGUAAACACAGACAUAGCCUCCACAACCCUGAAAAUCCUGCACGACGCCUCGGACAAGCUGAAGACCCAGUCAGAGUUCUCAAACGUGCACGUCCUGGUGCUAGUGGAGAACAAAUUCCUGUCGCUCUACUCCAGCAAGAAUGCCCAAGACCUCAGGGCAGCGGACAUCCUCCUGAUGAUCCUGAUGUGCAGAGUCGCCAGUGAUAAUUUCAAAUCAGAUGCCCUGGACAACGAGGAGGACAUGCUGCUGAGCCAGAGUCAUGGGUCCAGUGAUGAGGGCUCCGUCGAGGUGGGGGGAAAGUUGGCUAAUCCAACCUUAGCAGACAUUGGACACCUGUUCAACGACUCCAGGGACUCGUCAGUGAGCGAGAGCCUGAAUUCCCUAGCUGAGGACGGUCUCUACAGUCAGCUGGUGCUGCUCGGACCAGAGCAGAGCAGAACAGCCAAUGCAGUCCACAUUUACCAGAUCUCAGAGGGCAUUCACCUGGUGAUCAUCCUGGAGGUGACCAACUUAGGCACUUCCUCUGGGAUUUACGAGAGUUUUUAUCAUCUGAACGUGAUGAAUGGCCUCCAGCUGCAGAGGGAUCUCGACGAGCUACGCAUUGCCUUCGACAAAUUCGAUGGUGCCAUCAAGAAGACAAUAGAUGGCAUCAAGAAGAAUCGAGGACACGUGGGGAACGACGUGGACAUGUGCCAGAGGCGACUGCAAGUAAAAUGGGAAUUCGUAAGGAAGAAGUACCUCGAGCUGCUCAAGUCCAGGGACCCCGAGGCCAUCCUCCAGAUUGAAUCCAACAUAUCUGGGUUCAUCGAGACCAUGAAGGAGCUCUUCAAACUCACCUGCUUCAGCAGAAGCUUCCUGAAGCACGGCAACGACCUCAUUCUCACUGUCUGCAGACUCGUCAAACAGAAAUUCAAUGAUUUCACUGGAUUUCUCAAGGUCAAGGCUCUUAAGAACUUCACCCUGAGGUCCAGGACUUCGUUGACGAUUAAUAAGUAUCUCGAGGAGUUUCCAGGGCUUGUGCACUUUAUUUAUAUCGAUAGGACCACUCACAGACUGACUGCACCCACCCUGGACUUCACCAAUCCAGAGACACUGGCAUUAACUACUAAGAAAAUCUGGUCCAUGAUCGAUCAUGGGAGGAGUCAUCUCCAGGAGGGACAUUUCUCCGUCAUGUGGAAGGACACUACGUUUAAUUAUGCGUAUUUUCUGUGGUUCGAGGACAGCUUGGGCGCUCCACUUAAAUGCAAAACGUACUUAAAUAACGUGAUAAAGAAUUUUCCAGUGCCUGGAAUUUUAUGUGACGAUUAUUACAAGAAAUUGGCCCAGGCAUGCUUUCCAAAGAUUCCACCCAACAAAAUUCAAAUUUACGAGCUCUAUUGCGUCCACUUGGGCCUCGCCACAUCCUCAUGUGUCCUCGAGCACUCGAGAAGACUGGCAGCCACCAUCUGGGAGGUCACUGGCCUCCCCAACAACCCUGCUGAUCUACUCUAAAUUUUUAUGUUGUCCUUCUAUGAAUUUUUAAAUGUGUUUUCAGUCCCAAGAGGACAAUCAUAAUUGUGCCAAUUUUUUGAAACAUUUUGUAAUCAGAUUUUUAUUCAAAAGACAGUAUUCAUAGGCCAUUUAUUCUAUUAUCAACACUUUGUUAUUGUUUUUGUUUUUUUUUCUCAAUAGAAAGCCAGCUUUUAAUAACGCAAAUUGUAAAUAAAUGAGUAAAAACGAACUGAAAGUACGACAAGUGAUGAAUAAACGGAUUUAAGUAUUA